AUGCUCUUUGAGUUCAUCCCAGUGCGGUUCUUCCCGCAGGACGGCAGCRCCGGGAACGCAGCGUCCGUGAGUCCCGUGGCCGCGUUGCAGGUGACGUUCCCGUUGCCGAGCCAGGUAUUCUGUGAUGCCAAUCAAGUAGUCCAAGCCACAGACGUGCUGGAUUGGGAAGACAAGGAUGCUGCAGAGACAUUGGUCAACAACGUGGUCCACUCCCGGAUCAUCAACCCUCUGCGGCUGUUUGUUAAACCGUCACCAGUGCUGAAACAUGGCCACGUGUCCUACUCGGACAGCAUAGAAAACUUUUGGGAUUGGUUGUCCAACAUCACGGAGGUUCAGGAAUCCCUUGCACGAACUAAACGCAGGCCAAUAGUUAAAACUGGGAAAUUCAAGAAGAUGUUUGGAUGGGGCGACUUCCACUCUAACAUCAAAACUGUUAAACUGAACCUGCUGAUCACAGGGAAGAUCGUGGAUCACGGCAACGGAACCUUCAGCGUUUAUUUCCGACACAACUCGACGGGUCUCGGGAACGUUUCCGUAAGCCUGGUGCCACCUUCCAAAGUGGUGGAAUUCGAAUCCUCUCCCCAGUCCACACUGGAGACCAAGGAAUCCAAGUCCUUCAAUUGUCGAAUCGAGUAUGAAAAAACCGACCGCGCUAAAAAGACUGCGUUGUGCAACUUCGACCCUUCCAAGAUCUGCUAUCAAGAGCAGACACAAAGCCAUGUCUCCUGGUUGUGUUCGAAACCCUUUAAAGUUAUCUGCAUUUACAUUGCUUUUUACAGCGUAGAUUACAAACUGGUGCAAAAGGUCUGUCCUGAUUAUAAUUACCAUAGCGAGACUCCAUACUUGUCCUCCGGCUGAUACAGUGGAGAUGCUGGUAACUGUAGAAACGCAGCAUCCGUCAUAAAAAUAAGUAUUUCUAUUAACCUUUUGGAGAGGAGUAUCUUUGCCUUUCCGGUUAACAUGUCUUUUAAAACGUAGCCGUAUUUGUGCUGUAUCGUAAAUAAUCGAACUGUUUACGUAACAAACAUUCAUUCACUGCGUUUUAGUGCUCUCAUCAUUAAUAAGGGAACUAUGAGGCAAACACUUGAGAAAAAAAUCAAACAAAUUUAUGCACCUAAUGAACAUUGAUCAUCAAAAUCAGGUUUUUGUUAGAGUUGAUGGCAGAGACAUUUUUUUCUUUUACUGCAGGAAGUGAUCCCAUUUCUUAUUGGAAACUGUAGAAGCUGGCAACAUAAAAAACAUGAUAAACUAAGGCAGUUACCAGCUGCUUAUGUACAAAAUUCAAACAAACAGCUCUCCCACUAAUUUUGCGUCACCCACGUAGAGCUCAGAGGAUCUAACCCAAAUAUUGAAAGCAAGUGAUAUUUCUAUGAAAGAUAGCAAAGGAAAUGGCCUUUCGAUGGGUUGUUGCAAUUCUGAGUAUUCAUUGAGGAGUGAGUAGCUCUUCCUUCAGACUCCUUACCUGUGGACAGGCAAUCAUGCAAUUAGACACUGAUGUGCUUUAGUUUAUUAGGCACAAGCAUACGGGUGUGGUGUUCAUUUUUUCCUCAUGUGGUUUCCAUUAUUUUUGGCUGUUCUCAAAUAUUUACACAUAUACCAGUACUUGUCUUACAGUGAUAGUUUGUGUACCUUGGAAAAAAAAAAUCUCUAUUUAAGCCUGAACAUGAUAUCAGUGGCUGGCAUCCAUUCAAAGGAGAAUAGGAGAAUUAGCGGAUCUUGCUACCUACUCUUCUUAGCAUUAUGCACUAGCUAGGAAGAUGCAUCACAGCAUAAGGAUAACACCAGAGUAAAACUAGCAUUCUGUGUUGUCCUUAGUAGGGUAUUGUAUAUUUGAAGCCAACCUGUCGGCACUGAAAAAUAAAGAGGAUAACAAAAAAAACCACUUCACCUUGGAAAGCAGAUUUGAAACUACUGCUCUCAAUCUAAAAGCAUUCACCCAGAUUUGCAACCAGCGCAGGACAGCGCCGCGUUGUCACAGCUAAUUGUGGUGACAGCGGGGCCGGCCAGUAUCUCUGGGACGGACGUGGCUCCUGCUGAAGGCGACGGCAGCACCAGCAACGCAGCUGUGAGCACAACCCCCUGGCGCUUUCCCUGGCUGUUGAUUUUACUGCUGCUGCUGCCAAUUACUGGAAAAAAAGUUUGUAAAAAGGCAAAACAACAGCUCUUACUUUGGGUUUUUGCUGUCACAGCCCUUUGUGUCCCAGGCUGAUGUCCCAGGUCCUUUGGAAAAGGCAGCUGGCUGAGGAAGUGCUUCCUAUUACCUGCAAACAAAUAACACGCACGGUGAGGGAAGUAACUUUGACAGCUCAGAAGCACUCACAAGAUUAAUUCAGAUUUCCUUGGUAAAGGCUUAUAUAGAAAAUUCUUCUAUUUCAGACAUACAAAUACCUGGUUAAUUUGUUUUUCUCUUUAAGAGACACAUUUAGUGCGUGGUUUAGUUUGAUCAAGAAUCUGAAUGUUUUCCUUAACCUUAUUCCAUAUGUAGUCCCUCCUGGUCCAAGUGAAGCUUUUUAGUUUGUCUGUUACUGUCGGUUCCUACAAGAUGUUCUACUUUGUAUUCUGUAUACGUGCCCUAGGUUUAGCUGUAUAUAUGCUUGGAUUUAUUGCUAUACUCUCUGAGUUUUGUGUUUGGUGCUUUUGUAACUUAGCUGUAAGCCAUGAUU